AGAAAUGGAAGAAAGCCAGCAAUAAGCACAACAGGUUUAUGAGGAUAUACUCCAACACUAGAAAGAAGAAAACUCAAGCUGGAGUGAGCUGUAGGAACUUGGCCAAACUUCUGCACCAAAACAAUAACUGAAUGUGCUUCGAGAUUCUUUUGCACCAUAAAUCAUUCCAGAAACGAGAACUUGGUACAUCUCAUAACGCAUUUGUAUUGAGACUGGAUCAAUUGAAUUUGGAGUCGCUCGAGUGGGUAUCUUUCGAUGUUCUCUGAGUCUGAGUCUCGCUUUCUCCAGAAGGACAGGGGAAGGGUCUUGGCUCAUCGGACCCAGAUGUACCCAGCCAAAAGAGGAAAGAAGCUUCUCCACAUUUCAGACGGAGCUUAUCCAGGCACCGCCGCGACACCACUCUAUCAUCCUAACUCAACCUUUCCAUCACAUCAACAACAACACCGUUUGGAGGUUUGGACGAAGCGAAGCAAUUGGUUUUUCUGCUCGGCUUCAUUUUGGCAACCUGGCUCCAAGAAGGCAGAGUAGGAGUAGAUCUCGGCCAAGGACUGGAUCCAAGUCUACUUCCACCACUCGCUCAAAGACAAAACAACAGCCGAUUUUUGCUCAUUUUGUGAUCCCUUUGGCCGGUAUCCUCAGUGCAAUUACAGCUCGACUAUACGAUAUUGGUGGGCUGCCAGAGAAGAUGGCUCGAGGUAUGAGUAGCCACUUUCUUGCUUUGCCCUACAACCAUUAUCCUGCACUUAUUUACGCCACUCAUUGGAACAAUCACUGAUUCUCAAAGCAGCUCAGGAUGACGCGGAACGAGCGCCACUCCUCGCAGACUCCCAGAGAAGUCAGGAUGUCGAGACCACCCCACGUCCCAAGAAAGCAGCUAGAUGGGUAGCUCGCAAUGCCGUCAUCGUAUUCAUGAGCCUCUUGAUUUUGGCUGUCAUAAUUCUUCUCUGCGUCUUUUUUGGAAUGUCUCGUACGAAAAAACCCCAGAGCAAGUCUAGCGUCUGCCUCACUCCUGCAUGCGUCCAUGCUUCCUCCGAGAUUCUGUACAACCUUUCCCCCGAAUACAAGACUAUCGACCCUUGCGAUAAUUUUGAGGAAUUGGUGUGUGGGGGUUGGGAUGAACAUCAUGACCUGCGGCCCGACCAAGGAGACGCUUUCACUGGAACCAUUAUGAGUGAGAAUUCUCAAAUGCUUCUGAGACAUAUCCUGGAGGCCCCUUACCCAGGAGACUCGAAGCAUUCCAGCUUUUCUCCCGCACAGUUGCUUGAGACUCUCUCGUCUGUUGACCAGCAGAAUUUUGACAAAUUGAAGGCUGCUUACGAUGCGUGUAUGGACGAAGAUACCAUUAAGAAGGCUGGUGCGAAGCCAUUGCUUGAGAUCCUCCACGAAGUCGCAGAUAUGUUCCCAGUCAAGGAAUCAGCGUUCAGCAAGCGGAGCCCCAUCUUGGCUCAGGACAAGAGGGAUAUAUCUAGCACCUUGCUUUACCUUGCAAAGCUGGGCGUCCCUGCAUUGGUCUCCUUUGGUGCUGGUGCCGACGACAAGGAUCCCGACUCGGUGGUUGUCCAAGCUUCACCUCCUUGGAGCAUUGGUCUUCCUGCGAAGGAGCUGUACAGUGAUUCCGCAGUGACAAAGAAGUACGAAGACACUAUUGCUCAGAUUCUUGCUGUUCUCCAUCCUGAUCAUUCGCACGAGAACGCAACUCUCCAUGCUCAAUGGAUGAAAACCCGGGGCCAUGGAAAAAUCGCUUCGCGCGGCCAGAGCGUUGACCUUGCGCAUGAGGUCGUUGAAUUCGAGAAGAAGUUGGCUGCAAUAUCUCCAGAUGCCGAAGAUAGCAACGACGUUACUAAAUAUUAUAACCCAAUGUCCCUCAAGGAGGCAGAUGCACUAACCCCGCAGAUCUAUCUCUCAGACAUUAUCAGCGAACUCGAACCUUCCGACGUCAAAACCAGUCGAAUUAUCGUGGCAUCACCUGAUUACAUGAAGAACUUGACCAAAAUCAUCUCAAGCACGUCGAAAGAGGUGCUGCAAACAUUCUUCUGUUGGAAAGUCAUCCAGGCAUUUGCCUCCGUUACAGAGACCGACGCACUUGUACCAUAUACCCGCUUCAUCAAUGAGCUUCAAGGCAAGGAUCCCGACUCUACCCAAGAUCGAUGGAGAACUUGUGUCGACCAUGUUGACGGUGGUCUCGGCUGGAUUCUAAGCCGUUUCUUUGUUGAGAAGGCUUUCUCGGAGAAAGCGAAGCAACUUGGCGACCAGAUCGUUUCUGACAUCAAGGAGACCUUCAUCGAAAAGCUUAAGAAGACUGAUUGGAUGGACAAGAGUGUUAUUGAGCUGGCGAUUGAGAAAGUUCAUAAGAUUGUCCAAAAGAUCGGUUAUCCAACAAAGAGCCCGGAUAUUAUGAACCCACCAACGUUGCAAGAAUUUUAUCGAUCGAUCAAUAUUACGCCUACUACGUUUUUCCAAAAUGCGUUAUCCAUGAAUCGUUUCGACGUGGCUCGUGAAUGGUCUAGCCUUGGCAAGCCUGUUGAUCGAGACCAAUGGGACAUGACAGUCCCGACUGUGAAUGCUUACUACAACCCGCCGGGCAAUGAAAUCGUGUUCCCGGCAGGAAUUAUGCAAUUUCCAGUAUUCGACGUUGAAGUACCUCAGUAUCUCAGCUAUGGUGCAUUCGGAUCCGUUUCUGGUCAUGAGCUAUCUCAUGCAUUCGAUUCCACGGGUCGUCACUACGACCAGAACGGUAACUACACCGAUUGGUGGACGAAAAGCACAGUAAAGGCGUUUGAAGAACGAGCUGAAUGCUUUGUCGAUCAAUACCACAAAUACACUGUACCUGGACCUGAUGACAAGCCUCUCCAUGUCAACGGUCGACUCACUUUAGGCGAGAACAUUGCUGAUGCCGGAGGUAUCACUGCAGCCUUCGGCGCCUGGCAGAAGCGCAGAAUGGAAAGUCCAAACGAGAAUCUUCCAGGAUUGGACUUUUUCAGCCAGGAGCAAUUGUUCUUUGUCAGCUAUGCCAACUGGUGGUGUGGGAAGAGCCGAAAGGAGACAGCUAUUAACCGUAUCUAUACCGAUCCUCAUGCUCCGAAAUGGGCAAGAAUUCUGGGUACGAUGGCCAAUUCGAGGGAUUUCAAGGAGAGCUUCAAAUGUGCUGAUAAGAAGCCUACUUGUGAGCUUUGGUAAGGGUGUUCGUGGGUAACGAGGAGUAUAUGGCGUUAGGCUGGCUUCUGGGGGGCUGGGCCGAUGCAUAUUUAUGUUAUCACAAAGUGUAUAUCAUUGUCAAUGGAAUGCGUAGCUGCGAAAAGCAUUAUUGUGAAGAAAAAUAAAUACAAAAUUCA